CGAAUGAUACCACGUUUUAUUAUUUUUGGGAGCGAGUCUUCCGAACCACCACCGGCCACCAGCGGCUGCGGACAGACCCCUUGAUUCACCUUGUUCUAUUGUGCUUGUUCUCGCUCAAGAUGCUCAGCAUCAGCCUACCUCUCGAACCAGGGGCUGGCAAAGCACCUGAUAUUUCUUUUUCUCCUUCUUUCUGAUAUAUCCAUCAACUCAUUAAUGUUUGUAAUAUACAAAAUUUCGGGGGAGAUACCAGCUUGUUUUUGUCGUGCUGCGCAGCAACACAGUUCUACGAGGAUAUCCGAGCAUCCGGAGCCUAGGAAGGAACCUCUUGCGUCUCUCUUUCCUUUCUCUCCUUCCUGCUUACUUAUAGCAGGCGGCUGUCUAGCUCGAGAAGGGGCUUUUGUCGGACUCGGGAUACGCCCGAGGUACCCCUUCGCUGUUCCAUACGGAACGGCGUAUAGAUACUUUGUAUUCUGUUUCCACUAUAUUUUUUUCAACAUUCAGCAUUUUCGGAGGGUUUCUGGGGGCGGCACUGUCUUUGCUUGCCUGGUUCACUGGAGGUCUACUGGCGAGCAGCAACGGAGAGAGGUGAUGGGUUUUUCGUCUAUAUAUAUUUCAUCACCAUCAGGACUGCCCGGACCCAACCUCACGGAAUCUAAUCCUGGGGGAUGCGGUACUUGGCCCUGUUUCUGCCUCUACUGGCCCCUCCCAGUCGUGGGCGUGCUUGGUUCGACCCGAGAUCUGCUUUGGGGACGAGGGGAAUUAUCCCCUGGGGGCGGGGGGCAAGAGGGAGACGGCGUUGCUGGAACCAAAAAUUGGGGGGGUUAGGGGUGUUAAUGGAAACCGGGGGGCCUCUUUCAAGGGGCGCAGGGCGUUCCCCUUAUCGUUUGAAUAAAUGCGCAUGGCGAGGGC